UGGUCUGAAAGAAUAGUUUGCAUGGUUAGGCAUUAUCCCAUCGUGAAACAAACCGUGGUCUGAAAAAUAGUUUGCAUGGUUAGGUAUUUUCCCAGCAAUGGCCAGACCGUCCUGCCAAUCCAUCUUGGGUUCUGGCCGGACAACCCGUCCUCCCCCGGUGAUCUUAUUAUUACUAAAGCUUUCUCGGCCAAGCUUCCGGUGGUUUGCCGACAUGUUCACAGUAAACAACCAUUUGGAUUGUUCAGAGGCGAAAAUGCGAUGAACUAUGCAUUUUCAACAUUCUUGCUCGAGGCAGUUAUUGUUAUUUUCUUCAUCAAAGCCACUUGCUUCAUCCUCCGACCUUUACGUCAACCUCGUAUCGUCUGUGAAAUCAUUGGUGGUAUGAUGAUAGGACCGUCCAUGCUUGGAGGAAGCCGUAAUUUUAGUUACUACGUGUUCCCACCUAUUUCAAACUACAUAUUCACAAACUUGGGACUAAUGGGAUUCUUCUACUUCUUCUUUCUCACUGCGGCCAAAACCGACGUCGCAUCCAUUGCAAAGUCUCCAAAAAAACACAAGUACAUUGCUGCCAUCAGCGUUCUCGUCCCAAUGGUCUGCGUUGGGGCCACGGGGAUGGCCAUGCGUGAGCAAAUGGAUAAAACCAUGGGGAAGCCUUCUUCCGUUGGAGGGAUAGCGUUUGCCUUGGCUUUCAGUUCUUUCCCUGUCAUCUACACCAUCUUAAGAGACAUGAACCUUCUCAACUCUGAGGUGGGGAAGUUCGCCAUGUCGGUGGCUCUCCUUGGGGAUAUGGGAGCGAUCCUCGUGCUUGUAUUUUUCGAGGCUGUCGUUCAAGCAAACGUAGCAGGAGCCAAAGCUGCAGUCUUCUACGUUGUAUCAGUUGUUAUAUUCAGUGCUUUUAUGAUUUUGGUCGUGAAACGAGCAUUUGAGUGGGUGGUCGACCAAACACCUCAGGGAAAACUCGUCGACCAAAACUACAUUGUCAUGAUUCUCAUGGGUGUUCUUGUUGCUUGUUUCUUAACGGACAUGCUUGGUUUAUUGAUAGGCACCGGACCUAUUUGGUUAGGGUUAAUAAUCCCUCACGGUCCACCGUUGGGUUCAACGUUGGCUAUUCGGAGCGAGACCUUUAUACAUGAAUUUUUAAUGCCUUUCUCGUUUGGUUUGGUGGGACUCUACACAGAUGUUCACUUCCUUAGCGCUGAUGCUUGGGACCACCAACUAGCUCCUCUUGUAUACAUGACCACGGUUAGCUUCAUCACCAAGUUUAUCUCUGUGGCUGCCGCUGCUGCUUUCUUUAAAGUCCCUACUAGAGACAGUCUCACUCUUGGCCUCAUUAUGAACUUGAGAGGUCAACUAGAUAUCAUGCUCUACUUGCUUUGCUUCAGGAAACAUGUUGUCGGUCUACCCGGUUUUACUCUCUUGGUUUUGCAUACGGUUGUCAUAACAGGAGUAUCAACACCGAUCAUCAGCUUCCUCUAUGAUCCAAAUCGUCCUUACAGGAUCAGCAAGCACCGGACCAUCCAGCACACUCCACCAUCCACCGAGAUGGGUCUUGUUCUUGCCGUCUCCAACCAAGAAGCCUUGUCUGGCUUGAUCACGUUCCUUGAUUUCGCCUAUCCCACUACAAGUAGUUCAUUUGCUAUAUACGCAAUCCAGCUAAUGGAGUUGAUGGGGCGAGCUUCACCAGUUUUUAUAGACCACAAGCUACAAAAAGAGGAGGAAGACAAAGAGGGGGACGAAGAAGAAGGGCGAGUAGACCAAGUGCAAAGCGCCUUUAAGCUGUACCAAAAGAAGAGAAAAGAGUGUGUGACGCUGCAUGCCUACACUGCUCAUGCUCCAAAGCGUCUAAUGUACCAAGAUAUUUGCGAGCUGGCCUUGGCCAAGAAAACCGCUUUCAUUCUCUUACCUUAUCAACGAGAGCGUCUUGAGGACAAUGCACCUACCGAGCUACUUGACCCCGGCAUGCUGUCCGUGAACGCUGAUGUCUUGGCGUACACACCUUGCUCUGUAUGUAUCUAUUAUGGUAAAGGGCGGCUUAGAAACGCCAAGGUUCGGUCCUCGGUUGACCAGCAACAUUCAAUUCUACCGAGCCGUGUGAGGCAAGAAACAUACCGUUUUGUGGUUUUGUUCUUAGGAGGAGCUGAUAACAGAGAAGCUUUGCAUCUGGCAGACAGGAUGACAGCAAAUCCGGACAUUACGUUGACGAUAGUUAGGUUCUUGUCGUUCAACCACGAAGGAGAGGACGUGAGGGAGAAGAAGCUAGACGAUGGGGUGGUGACAUGGUUUUGGGUUAAAAACGAAAGCAAUGAUAGGGUUAGUUAUAAGGAGGUUGUGGUCAAGAAUGGUGCGGAGACGCUAGCUGCGAUCCAAGCGAUGAAUGUCAAUGACUAUGAUCUAUGGAUAACAGGGAGGGGAGAAGGGAUCAACACAAAGAUUCUAGAAGGGCUUGAUGCGUGGAGCGAGGACCACCAGCUUGGAGUCAUUGGAGAAACUGUGGCUGGGAGUAUAUUUGCAUCAGAAGGUUCGGUGUUGGUGGUGCAGCAACAAGUGAGGAAUCAAAAGGGUGGUGAUUGUUUCUUGAACGGCAAGUUUGAUUAUAAAAAUUUAGUGUCUCCUUGGUCAUGUCAUAAUUGA